AUGAAAAAGAGCAGCACUGCUUUCGUGGGUUUAGAUGGAAUCGUGAAACAGCAGCGCAGUAUUAGCAUUCCCGAGGAGCAGACAGCAGCUUCACCUCCGGAUUUGCAGCUCCAUCUCCCCGAACUCGGCGGCCCGCAGAGGAACAAUGCCGCUUUCCUCCAUAAUUCGCGCAAGUGUGUCACGGACGAGGAGCCGAUCGAAGGGAGUAGUAACAGCUCCUCCAGUACGAGUACUAGAAGGACCAAGACCUACCUGCAGACCCCUUUGUUGCAGAAGAAGCAGCACCUGAGCGCGCCCGGCGACCUCUGGCGGUUGGGCAAUUUGAACAACGCGGAGCGGCUGUUCCGGGUGGAGUCCAAACUUCUUUUUCGGUCCCCCACCUCGAGAAAACGGGCGAGCUACAGCUCCAGCUGCGGAGUUCAGCAGCCGCACAGCUACCCGCGGUCCGCUAUCCUAUGUGAAAACAUCCCCACCCCAGAGUUGUCAUGCAGAUUUGCAAUGACAAGAAGAAGAACAUUUGUGAUGCGCAUCCCGAUGAUAGGCAUUUUCCUUUGUGUUUUGGAAUUUGUAAUGCUGUAAACGGGAUGCCUAUCUCGAUUUGUAAUGCGGAUGUCUUUGCUAACCUUACCUGAACUACACUACGGGCUGCAGCUUGUCAUGCGUGGCGUCCAAAACUCCUGAAUGUGUGUUGCAGAGAUCCCAACUUAGCUAUGGGGUGGAGACAUUUUUGCACAGGAUAUCCGCAAACCAGAUGAGCCGGUCCGACACGGGCUUCAUGACGGCGCUGGUCGGCACCGCGGCGCUGUCCAGCUGCAUCUACGGCUUGGUGCUGGCCGCAACCAACGCCUCAGUGAACUUUAUCCACCUGGAUUUCGAAACCUGCGGCACGGCCCCGGACCCCGCGCCACCGCCAAACAGCACCUAUUUGGGGGAGAGUCAGGCGCUGAUGUCAUCUUCAGCGGCUGUUGCUAGUAGACUCGGUCUGGCGGGAACAGGAAGGUCUUUGCUCGAUAUUGACCUGGCGGAACCGGAAAAAGAAGGGUUUUCAGCAGAUAAUUUAUUUUCCGGCCAAGUAGAUCCGGCAGCGAAGAUAAAAACUAGUGCACUUCUUCUUUUCGCAACAGCACGACCAUCAGAAGCGGAAAAAUCACCAGCAGAAGAAAGUUCUUUCUGGUCUUCUUUUCACCCGAUCUCUCUCUUCGAGGCAGCAGUGAAUCAAGUCUCCUCGCAGUUUGACGAGAGAUCUUUUCCGGAGUCCGACCCGGAACAGGCGGAGGCGGACCGAGCGGCAAAAAUAGAGCAAAUCAAGAAGGCCGGAAUAACAGUUGUGGCACCUGGCCAGGGGUCGGGCAAAUCAGAAGAAACAUCUUUAGCAGAAACUAGCGAAAAAGAAAAAUCAUCUUCUACCGCAGCAAAAGACGACGAUGAUCUACCGCUGGUUGAAACCCGGGCGGAGGAAGACGCGCCACCGAGCGUCCCCGGGUCCUCGCAAAACAUUGCCUCGAAGCACCGCGCGUCCGCGCAGACACUGCAUGCGUUGCUGGACAAAAGCGAAAAUCUGCACUUCAACUGCCCCCGGCAGACCUUCAUACAGCAGGUCUCCGUCGCCGCGGUCUUACUAGGUGCGGGAGCCGGCUCGUUAUUGGGGGGUCCCUACGCGGACCGGGUGGGGAUAUUGAAAGGAAAGACUCCCCCUCCCGAUAUCAAAAAGGCACGCUUCCGAAAAUUUGUGUUGCUGAUUUGAGGUAACAAAUGACAUCUGUCUUGCGAGGAGACAAGGGCAGAAGUUUCGCCCCCAUUAUGGAAGCGAUUUGUCAUGCUGGUGGGCCUAAAGGCGAGCCAUUUGCCAUGCUGAACAACUAGACCGAUACGCCCCCACCUACCCUGGGGAUCUGGCCGCAAUGCCUUUCGGCAAUACAAAGCUGAUUUGUGCGCACAAAUCCAGCAACAGAAGUUUCCGCUUCGAUAUGGGGAGGGGGGAUUUUUCCUUUCGAUAGGGGAGGAGAGGAUCCAUGCUCAGACUCAAUUGCCUGGCGGUGGUUGUCUUCCUCGCGUGCGCGUUCUCGCAAGGUAAAGUAAGAUGAGGCAGCUUCGAUAAAAAGUUGGGUGCUAUGAAUCAUUCGGUUCUUGUAAUGUAUUGCAUUCCCUUGCUUCUGUUCUGGUUGAUGAAAUUAAAAUUUCCAUACGCAUGUGCUCUGUUUAGCCUAGUGAAAAAUUUCCGCGAAAUGAAUAAGGUUGGUAUACUUUCAUCGGAGCUCGAUUUUUCGCGGGUUUGACGAUUGGUGCAGUCAGCGUCGCAGUUCCGAUGUACAUUGCAGAAGUGUGUCCAGACGAACUUCGAGGAAAAUUCGGAGUCGCGCACCAGCUGCUGAUUACAAUAGGUAUGGUCGUAUCAAUCGUGGUUUCUUAUUGGCACUGGAUGUGCAUGGAUUUGCAAAAAAUUUUACAUCACUUCUUACAAUUGAUUCUUUCAGACCACCAUACUUCGUGAAGAUCUCUCUGUUAUUUCGAAACACAAGGUAUUAUGGUCUCCGACGCGCUGGGUCUGGUGCAGUCCCAGGACAUAGAUUUCGCCAUGCCGCUGAUUUCCCGCUCGCAAAUCACCCACGUGGACAAGUACUGGUGGCGUGUGAUGCUGGGCUUUGCCUGUUUACCCUCUUUAAUGAGCAUCAUUCUCUGGGGCUUCCUGUUGCGAAAGUACGAGUCUCCGGUGUGGCUCGUUAGGUCGGGAAAGCGGGAAGAAGCGACCACCGUGAUGAAGUCUCUGAUGCCAAAGGCGAGUAAAAGUUCCGUCGACCAGGCCGUGGACACGAUACAGGUCUUGCAGUCGAGCUCCGGGGAAACCAAGUCGUUCUGGUGGGCGUUGCAGGUACUAUGCCGAUGACAUUAGAUAUGCAUCUAUAUUUGAUGUUUUUCGUUUUGAAGACUGCAGAAAGCAACCGCGAUUCGAAGUAGACGAAUCUCGAACGGAAAGUAAAAACGGUUUUUUUUUUUUGCAGCACACUAACAAACUCAAAUCCAUCUCACACCCAGUCUCGCUACUACCGCGUCGGGGCUAUAAUAGGGUGCAUUUUGUCCGCGUGCCAGCAGACGUCCGGAAUCAAUGUAAUGAUCACGCAGUCAACCACCGUCUUUCUUCAAGUCGCAAACUACCGCUACGCAACUUUGCUCACCACUCUAACCGGUAAAAAAAUGAAUGUGCCAGCAACUUGUAUCUUUGACAAGAACUGCUCUAUUUCUUUGUUAUCGUGUCUAUGUCCUGCUACUGUAGCUGUAGGCAGCUGCAGACGCAGAGGCGGCUUCUCGUAGUUGCACUCGACUCUUAUUGGUCUUACGUCCUUUGCACGCGUGAAAAUCCAACAUUUCCAGGCGUCCUGAACGUCGUUGUUACCCUUGCGACCAUACCGAUGAUAGAAAGGCUCGGGCGGAGAAACCUCCUGCUAAUAUCCGGUGUCGGUACUACUCUCAGCAUGGGAACCUGUCUGCUCUCCGUCGUUUUCAAGUAUUAAUUGCAUUUUUGAUUUAUGCUUGGUUAACAAGAAUACGCCCGGAAUUUAGUACUUCGAAGCUGAUGUUUUUCCCCGUUUUGCAUGGGUCGUUCCGAACAGAAUAAAAGGCAAACGGUGAAACUGCGUACUAGAUUUUUUGCACAGAAAAUCAUGAACCUCUGAUAUGACCAUCACAGAUUUUCCGUCGGCAUCGUUGUUCCGGUGAUGAUCAUGUGCUUUAUCAUGUCCUUCGCGGUGGGUUGGGGUCCGGUCGUGUGGAUUUACCUGUCCGACAUUUAUCCGGCGGAGAUCAAGGGCAGCUGCUUCGCCCACGCGAUCAUGGUCAACUGGUUUGCGUGCGCGGUAGUGGUGUUCGGCAUCGGCAACUUUCUGUCCAACAACGUCGUCACCUACUCGACCUUCACCAUUCUCAACAUCCUCGGGUUACUGUUCAUCACACGGUACGUUGUGGAGACGAAGGGGAGCAGCGUGGAGGAUUCGCCAAUCUACCAGGGCCGGGAAAGAGAUCCGCCGGAAGUGCAGCAGCGCCCGCCGGUGUUGAAUCAGGCUUGAGCAUUUUUAGUUGGGAGCCUGGUUCUUGCAAGACGGGACCGCGUGAGUAAGGUAGAAUUGCAAGAAAGUGAAAUUUUAGAAACAAUCAAAACCGAAUCUCGAAAUCUCAAUAUGGAAACAAUCAAAACUAAGACUGAUUAUGAAGACAACUUUGAAAUAAAUCUAAAUCUCCUGAGAGCUUUAGGAGUAAGUAAACAAACUAAGAACAGGUCACUUUUAAUGUGAGUUUUUGAGACGAAUUACUUCCCACUCGUUGCUGCGAAGAUGCUCUUCAUACUAGAAACAUAUUUCGAUUUGUCGUGCCACACCCCUUGUUCAGCAGGACAACAAGGCUAUCUUUGCAAAGCACCACGCGGAGCUAUCCACGACCUGUACACGACAAUUACAUCCGCACGAAGAUCUUCCCACGUAAAUUUUUUUUGCCUGCCUACGACCAUUACUUUUCUUUUUCCUGCAAGUGCUCCCAUGCUAGAUUAGCUCUUGCACCUGCUGCGCUCCUCCUUUUCCGGUAAGUAUUUUGUUUUCCUGCACCGAUGAUUUUUUUCUGUUGCUGUCGUGCUAGCUUACUGAACAGGCGGAAGGGGUAGUACUCUUUCACGAGUUUUUCUUCUUUUUUGCUGCUGUUGCGAUCGGGCUUGAAACUCGGAGGUUUUUCAAUUCGUGAUUACUAUGAACACAGUUACUCUACGUACCUCGUGAAUUUGCAUUUUUCUCGCUGAGCGAUGUGUAGAGCCUGAAACUCUGUGAAUCUUGCUAGUGGCAAGGCUUAUGCAUUGUUUCUCGAUCGGCCUGGGCUUAGGACAUUCAGCUGCUCGCGUACUUUCGCACCUGAAGCCGUUCUGUUUGGUCCUGAACUACUUAUCACGUGGUCGUAGAACUACGAUUAUUUUCCGUUUGUAGAUCAGGAUCCCUUUUCGAGUGCGCUAGUCGAAUUUCUGGGAACAGCCGCCGUUCGUCGUGAAGGUUUUUCUAGUUCGAACCCAGUGGUGAUGUGUGCCGCUCAGUAUGAUCGUCGUCGCGGGUAUCAACAAAUUUCCAUGUGCAGGCAAAUGUGUCAACCAUGAAACGUGAACAACAAGAUUUUUUCUGAAGCUCACUGUGGCUGUUUUGAAACCAUGGGCGCAAAGAUUUGUACGACCAUAAUGUUACUCACACACGUAAUCAAUUAUGUUGUUGCAGAAAUACAAAGCUCAAGCUGUUCGUCGAAAGAGAGUGUAGACGUCGUCGUCUCGUUGUGCGUGG